CAGGGGUGGUGGCUGGAGACGGGGAGAGGAGGCCCCCGAGCCUCGGGAGCAGCAGCCGAGCGGCUGGAGGAGGAGGAGGAGGAGGAGGAGGUGAAGCGCUGUCAUGGCUGUAGGAGCUGAAGGAGCGGAGGGAGCGCAGCCAUUGUAGGGCAACCUGACGGAGGCUGACAGCUGGCGACUCCCAACUGCUGGAGAAGGGCUCCGAGGAGACGGGAGCCUGCUCGCCGUCCUCCUCCCCGGCACAGCUGGCCUGGCAGGAUGCUGGACUUGUCCUGUCUACGACUAGCAAUGAAGCCUGUAAACUAUUUGAUGCUGCACUGACGCAGUAUGCAACCUGGACCAAUAAUGAGAGCCUUGGAGGUAUUGAGGGAUGUCUCUCCAAGUUAAAAGCUGCAGAUCCAAAUUUUACAAUGGGACAUGUCAUUGCUAAUGGUUUGGAGCUGAUUGGCACUGGAAGUUCAGUGCGGCUCAACAAAGAGCUGGACAGUGCGAUGAGAACAAUGAUGAUGCUUUCAAAAUCACAGCCACUAACUGAGCGGGAGAGGCUUCAUGUAUCAGCGUUGGACAUGUUUGCCAGUGGCCGGCUUCCAAAAGCUUGUGAUCUAUGGGAACAGAUUCUGCAAAGCUACCCAACUGACUUGCUAGCCCUCAAAUUUUCCCAGGACACUUAUUUCUACCUCGGAUAUCAUAUACAGAUGCGAGAUUCUGUUGCCCGGGUUUAUCCUUUCUGGACACCUGAUAUACCACUAAGCAGCUAUGUGAAGGGCUACUACUCUUUUGGACUCAUGGAAACAAACUUUUUCGAUCGUGCUGAGGAGCUUGCCCGUGAGGCUUUGGCUAUAAAUCAGACAGAUGCAUGGUCUGUUCAUACUAUAGCUCACGUAAAUGAAAUGAAAGCAGAGGUGAAGAAAGGGUUAGAAUUUAUGAAGGAAACGGAAACCAACUGGAAGAACAGUGAUAUGCUUGCUUGCCAUAAUUACUGGCACUGGGCUUUAUACUUCAUUGAAAAGGGUGAAUAUGAGGCUGCCUUGACAAUUUAUGACAAUCAUAUUGCUCCCCGGUGUCUGUCAAGUGGAAGCAUGCUGGAUGUAGUAGACAACUGUUCGAUGCUGUACAGACUUCAUCUGGAAGGUGUAAAGCUUGGAGACAGGUGGAGCAAUGUUCUCAAGCUUACAAAGAAGCACACCAAAGAUCACAUUCUUCUGUUCAAUGAUGCACACAUCUUGAUGUCCUCACUUGGAGCCAAAGACCACAAAACUACUGAUGAGCUUUUAACAACUCUUCAGGAAGCUGCCAAAGCACCUUGUGAAGACCAUGAGCUUUCCCUGGCUCCUAGUUUGGGGUUGCCACUGUGCCAGGCUUUUGUAGAGUUUGAAAAUGGAAAUUGUGACAAAGCUGUAGACCUCCUGUACCCGAUCCGUUAUCAACUAAUCCAACUAGGAGGCAGUAAUGCUCAGAGAGAUGUUUUCAGCCAGUUAUUGAUUCAUGCUGCUUUAAAUUCUAAAUCACAAGCCAAACAAAAUCUUGCAAGGUGCCUCCUGAGAGAACGUGAUGUGAUGAGACCAAAUUCACCAAUGACGGAGCGACUUAUUAGGAAGGCAGCAGCCGUUCAUUCAGUGGCCUAAGUCUUUCCUCAGUGCUUCAGCUGAAAUAGCAAUAAGCUUACCAGUCAUCAAAGUCUGGGUGCAGGGAGUGGAGGGGUGCUGUGCUGUAAACUGUGCUAGAAAUUCAGAGUAGGUAAGAGUACCCUAUGAGUCAGAGAUCUGGUGACAAUUUCCUUAAAAAAAAAAUAUACAGCUGUUGCGUUUCAGGAGGUUGUAUCUUAGAUGAUUUCACAAGGGAAGAAGAUAACCUGCUGAUAAUGCACAGCUUUCUGAAGCAUCCUGGGACACUGCUUUUCUGGUAUAUUUUUCUGAAAGUUCCCUCUGACCCUGAUUAUAUACAGUACAGUAACAGUGCCUGGGUUUCAAUCAUUCAUUGGCCCAACUUGUUACUUUGUUAAUAUGUUAAAUAAUCAGUAAGCUGCUCUGGUAAUUCAAAUGGGCCUUUUAAGCUAGCUAACAGGAAAGUAUGGGGCCAGAGCCAAUACAGGCAUAAAUUGAAUUCCAUAUCAAGCUUCCAGUCCAUUCAGGUGUGGGUCACAAGGCAUAAAUUGAAUUCCAUAUCAAGCUUCCAGUCCAUUCAGGCAUGGGUCACAGACUCUGGCAUUACAGAUCUUGCCUUGUCUGCAUUCAGGAUCUCUUUCCAGGUACUUGUUUUUAAACUCCCUCUCAUAAAUUGUUAAACUUUUUCUUUUCAGUAUAGUGACUCAGAGCUUUCUGAAAUUACUAUGUGAAUGAAACCAGACGAGAGGGAUAAUAGCUGACGGCAACUAUUCUAACACAGGUACUUGCUUGGCACCUAUAAAUCUUUCAGAAAAAAAGCAGCAGCCUGGAUUUCAACUAAAACAGUACCAUCUCUGAAUGGUAGUUUGGACUGGUGUCUUUGUGGUUAUCUGAGCUUUUGGGAAGUCAGGCCUUACUACCAUCUCAAUAGCACAAGUCCCUGCAUGUUAGCAAAGCAGAGUUUGAAACCAAUGUUAAAGCACACACUUUAUAGAGGUAUCUCAGAGGAGGUGAAGACUGGAAGGGAGCUUCCACCAUAGAAAGAGAGCUAAGGGGAACUGACACAAAGCUUUGUGCCAGCACAAGUGAUGUGACGAGCUUUGGUGCUGCAAAUGAGGCACAAUACGAGCCAUGUACCUCUGUGAAGUUCUGGUGCCUCUGGAUUCCUGCAGCAUAGCUGAGCUAAUGGAUUGUCUUGCAACAGUAAUCCAGAAAUCCCUAGUGAAGGGAAAGAUGAUAUUUCAAACCAAAACUGAACUAAUGCCUCCUCUUCUUCUCAAAGAGAAGUACCACACUCUUCAACUGCCCAAGCUCUGGCUUUGGUAUCAUAUCUGCAAGCUCUCCUAGACACACACAUGCCUGCCUCUCCUUCCCAUCCAGCUCAGGCCCUUCCCCAUGUCCCACAGCAGCCCCAUCCCACAUACAGUUUCCUUUUGACUUUCAUAGCUGCCCCUGCACUGCCCCUGGAGUUCCUGCGUAGAGGAAUAAGACAUGGACAUGCCUUGCUGCCACCCUUCUUCCCCUAGCCCUCACUUGAGGAAAAAAUAGUUUACUUUUAAAUCAGCGAUAAUUUGUGAAACCAGAUAAGGGUAUUGCAUCCUUGCCUGCAGCCUUUUGAAUCCUGCGGACAGAGUUCCCUGUUCUUCAGCUUCAUCACUGCUUUAUCUGUCCAGCCAUGACCGUGAUUGAUUGGCUCACUCUGUGCUAAAGUUAUACUAGAUUUUUACUCUUAUUUUUAAUCAGUGCAUUUCAAGCAAUGACUUUAGAGGGAUACCUUUUUACUCAAGGAAUAUAAACAAGUCUUAUUAGGGCCUGAGAAAAGCCUGAGAAAUCCGCUGGCUGUUUAUGAAGCACGUAGUUUGUGAUCCAUUGCUACACAAAUUUAAGAAUGACAUUUGUAGUACUUUUGAUAUAAUGUGAUUUAGAAUUUUGCCUGCUUUACAUCAAUAAAUUCAAAGCUGUACUCA